AUGGUGGAACAGUACGAAAUUAUCUCCGAUAUAGGAAAUGGAUCAUUUGGUAAGGUGUAAAAGAUAAGAAGGAAGACAGAUGAUAAAAUACUGGUGUGGAAGGAGCUUAACUAUGGUAAAAUGAGUGAAAAAGAGAAGCAAUAAUUAGUCUCAGAGGUCAACAUCCUCAGAGAUCUAAAGCAUCCCAACAUCGUCCAAUACUAUGAUAGAAUAAUAGACAAGAGCAACUAAAGGAUAUAUAUCAUCAUGGAGUACUGCGAGGGAGGAGACCUUGCUUUAAUUAUUAGAAAGACUCGUAAGCAGUCAGACCACAUUGCUGAGGAUGUCAUUUGGAAAAUACUGAUGUAGAUCACACUUGGACUGUACCAGUGUCAUCGUAGAUAACUCAAUAACUAGCCAGGAAAUGAUUCUAAUCCCAAUGCCUCUGGUGAAGCGCCUCAAAAAAUCCUGCACAGAGACUUGAAGCCUGGAAACAUCUUCCUCGAUGGGAAUGGCAACGUAAAGAUAGGUGACUUUGGUCUAGCUAGAGUUAUGAAUCAUGAUUCAUAGUUUGCUUACACACAUGUUGGCACUCCAUAUUACAUGAGUCCAGAGCAGAUAAAUGAGUCUAAGUAUAAUGAGCAGAGUGAUAUUUGGUCUUUGGGCUGCAUUAUAUAUGAAUUGGCAGCUCAACAUCCACCGUUUUAAGCUUAAAAUCAUUUGUCAUUGGCAGUCAAAAUAAAAACUGGCAAAUUUGAAAGAAUACCAGCUCGCUACUCUGAGGAACUAAACCGAGUAGUUUCCUGGAUGUUAUGCUAGAAUAGUAUUGAAAGACCGACAGUAGAUGAUCUUAUGAACUUACCUCAGGUGAGCUUAAGAAUUCGUGAGAAAAAGAUGCAAGAAGUCCAAGUCCUAAUCAAGAAAAAGGAAGAUGAGCUAAAGACCAGAGAGGAAAAGAUAAAUGAAUAAGAACAAUCUUAAAAGGAAAGAGAUAUGUUCUUAAGUGAUAAGGAAACUAUCAUAAAUGAAUUUAUAAGGAAUACUUCAGAGUUACAGUGCUCUAACUGCGGAAGUAACGAUGUAGUAAUGAACUUUGAGCUGCUUAAAAGCUUGUAAAGACUUGCUAGCACUAUGGCUGGUGAAAGCAGUCUUACUACUAGUGAGAGAAUGUCAAUAAGUAAUUAAUUAAAAGAAAGUAAGAUGAGCGCAACUAGCUUUGGAACUAUCGGACUUGAAAGUAGUGGUUUUUCAAGAGGAGGUGGCAAAUAUAAGCUUUAAAAAAUAAAAUCAGAAUCGGAAUUCAAAUCCUAUGUUGAAGCUUUGAAAUUACAAUAAUCAUCAAGAGGCCCAAACAAUGCUAAUGAUCACUAAUCAGAGCACGAUGAAAGUGUUGCUAUAGUCAACUCAAAUCUCCUUAAGUCUUAGAAGUCAGCUACCACUAAUAGUAAGAGUAAGCACAGGUUCAAUUACAAGUAGCCCUAAUUACAACAACUUCAGGACAUUUAAUUCUAUCCUGAGCGAGAAUCCUUUGAGAAGCGUUUUAACACUAUGCCUGACUUCCCAGAUGAUGACGACAACAACAGCUCUUACUAUUUGAAAAGCUCAUAAGGCAACACUAUUGAUAAUAACUAGGAAGAGGAGAUUUAGCAACAUGACUAAUUUAGAUAAACUACUUUCAACCAGAAUACUUAGCAAAACUAGAAGCAACUGUCUAGAAACUAUCAGAACUUUGGAAGAACAGACAGCAACUCCGCAGCUAAGAGAAGUUUCAAGACCUCUGAUCAGGCUUAGAUAUCUUAAAGAAGUUUUCGAGGGAUGUCUAGCAAUAACAACAGCAGUAAGAAUAUCAACCCAUCAGACUUGAAGGCUCUUUAAACAUAGCUGAAUAAAAUUCCAUUGCCUAAUAAACGAAGGGAAACAGAGUAAUUCACUACUAGUAAUCAAGUUUAGAAUUAGUUGUUAUCACACAAUCCAUCAAGUGAGACCCUGCUAUCAAAGAAAUUGAACGACUCAGCAAAUAAAAUGAUGUCAAAGAAUAACUCAAGAUCUAAUAUCAAUUAAUCGAUUCAGUAGAGUAGCAAUAACAACUAUAUGAUGAGACAAGAUUCAAUUGACAAACUAGCGAGGUACAUGCCGAACAACUAUUUGAACAUGAAUCCAAUGUCUGAUAAUUUGAUUCAAACUAAUCAAAAUAAAUUUGAACAGCAAAAGAACCAAACAUUGAACUUAAUGAAUAUGACAGCAGAUUUGAAUAAAAUAAUAGAGAGCAAUUCAAGCAGCAACUGCAACAGCAACAAUAUCACCACAGCUUUCAACAAGCAAGACAAGGUGAUUGCCAACCUGCCUCAAAAGCUGAUUAAAAGAUGUUCUUCAAAUGCCAAGGCUAGGCCUCCUCUGACUGACAGAACUAAUAUACUAAGUCAAAAGUACUCCUAAAACCAAGUGUAAAAGUAGCAAUAAAUACUAAAUUAACUUCAGAAUAAAAUGAACUGUAACUCUUCUCAGCAGCAGUAGAACAGCAAUACUGUAGCAAAUAGCAACUCUGCUGGCAACCUUACUACUAAUUAAUCUUUCUAAAAGUCAUACUAAUAGCAACUAAUGCAAUAGCAAUAAAACUAGAGACAAUAAAUCUGA